AUGGACAUGAAUGAGUACUACACGAGCUACGACUUGGCUUUGCUCGCCGACAAGCUCAUGACUCACAUUGCAUUUUUGACUAUGAGCUGGCGCAAUCUACUCGGACGGCCUACGGUUACUAUAUUGGCUUCCCAACAUUAUUUAGAAAACGGUAAAAUCCCUCUCGCCAUGAUAACUACAAUGAAAAAAUUGAAAUCUGGCUACAUAAAUGGGACAAGAGUAACUUUGGGAAACUUAUCUGAAUUCCUCAACACCAGCUCUAUCACUAAUCUGAGCUUUCUUGGCUGUCACGAAGAUGGCGUACCAGACAAAUUGAAUCCUCAAGUCUACCACUAUUUAGAGGAACAUCUACAGAAAUCUCUGUGUCACAAAUCGACGUUGCUCACUUCUAAUACUCCAAGAAGACCGAAUAGGCACUUGUUGAGACGUAGAAUGUCUGUUAAAGGGGCAGUUAAGAAAACUAGAUCCAUAAAUGUGGAUGCUUUGCACAUUUGGAUAUGGGAUCCUAAUUCUUCUAAAAUUAACAGUGCUGAAAUACUGGGUAUGGAAAGCAACGAAACCCUAGAACGUCGUGGUUCUAUAUUUUUCUCGCAAACUUCAGACGCUGUGGACAAUUCUUCUGCCGGAGAUCUGAAAUCUCAUCAAUCCUCUGACAAAGGCACUCAUCUAGAGAGAAAAACUGACGUCGUGCCAAUCAUCAGUAUUUCCAGGCACAGAACUCAGAGCGAAUCCCAGCAGUAUGCCGAUACUGAGAUAGAGGAAUUAUUUGCUAUGCUCAGGGAAUCCGAAUCGCUAGACGAGCAGGGUGACAUUUUGCAAUUUCUUGUCGCCAGCAAAGGAUUGGACUCAAACACAGACAUGCUUGAAAAUGGGCGAGUGGUGACCGUUAGAGAUCUACUAAAAGGAUUGUACGAGAAAGCUUGCCAGCAAAAAAUGUGGGGCUUGGUGAGACACACUGCCGGCAUGCUGGGUAAAAGAGUCGAGGAUUUAGCUAAAUCCGUGACCGAUUUGUUAGUCCGUCAAAAACAAAUCACUGUUGGGAUGCCACCAAAUAAUGAACACACCAUAACUGCUCCUUUGCCCGAGAGUGAACUAAGGCUAUUAAUCCAUGAAGCUUACGGCCAAGACGACAGCACUGCCAUGCUUACUCAAGAACUUCUAGUGUAUCUGGCGAUGUUCAUUCGCACCGAGCCGCAUUUGUUCAUGGAAAUGCUCAGAUUACGUAUCGGUCUCAUCAUUCAGGUGAUGGCUACUGAACUGUCGAGGACGCUGAUCUGCGACGGCGACGAGGCUUCAGAGCAUUUGCUCAAUUUAAGCCCGUUCGAAAUGAAGAAUUUGCUGUACCACAUUAUUAGCGGCAAGGAGUUUGCGAUCAGCAGUGUUGGACGAGGAAACUUUUCGAUUAUAAGCAACAAAUCGAGUCGCAUCAGCAAGAAAAGUCAUAUAAGUCUUGCUGCUGAUAACGCUUCGGACGACCUGAUCGAACCCGAUCGACAAGGGCAGUGGUUGAGACGUCGACGAUUAGAUGGCGCCUUAAACAGGGUACCCAGAGAUUUUUAUCCGAGAGUCUGGAAAGUACUUGAACGAUGUCACGGCAUAGACAUAGCCGGCAAAGUCCUUCCACAAUGCCUCACCCAGGAAAUGACUCCUGGCGAACUGAAGUUUGCCCUCGCCGUAGAAACUGUCUUGAACACCAUCCCGCAACCAGAGUAUCGUCAGCUCAUCGUCGAAGCUCUAAUGGUCCUAACUUUGGUGGCUGAGUACAAUGUAGCUCCAUUUCUAGGCGGCGUCAUACAAAUCGAAUAUUUGGUUCAUAGAGCUAAUGAACUAUUUUUGUCCGAUCAGAUGAGUUGCGAUGGAGACGCGACGCUUUGCUGUGCCAAACCGCGUGAGCAACGCGAAACCACCAACGCGGGAGGGUUACUUUGUGGCGGCGCUGCUUACAUUUGUCAGCACUUUUACGACAGCGCCCCCAGUGGUGCUUACGGUACAAUGACUUAUCUGACUAGGGCGAUCGCUAUCUAUUUGGAUUGUGUGCCGAAAAGUGGCGAAUUGGAAUGCAGUAUUUGCUAAUGUAGCUGAUUAUAGUAAUAAAUAUCUAGUCUUGGAAUCUCGUUGGAUUUAGUUUAUGUAUUUGUAGGCAUUAUAAAUUAUUUAUAAACAUAUA